GGGGCGGCUGCUUGCCGCCCCCAGAAGCGGCCAGAGGAGGUGGCCGCCCCCAGCCCUGCCCGGCGCACGCGCGUGCGCCAGCCGCCAACUUCGGGAGCGCAGCGGCGUCGGGGGUCUGGGUCGGUCGUGGGGCUGGAGGGGUGGCCGCGGUGCGAGUGACCGAGUGACCGAUCGCAGCCGGUGGCGGCGUCUGUCGCGGCCUCAGUUUCCCCGCGGGCAGCGUCGCUCGCUCGGGGCGGCGAGUGUCUGGGAGGCGCCGGCUGGACAGGAGGCCAUGGUGAGGGGGCCAGUCCGCUAGCAGCCGCCAUGUCCCAGGAGGCGGGCGCCUGCCAUGUGGGCCCGGCGCGGGCGCGGGUGCGGAAGCCUAAGAAGCCGCACUACAUCCCUCGGCCCUGGGGCAAGCCCUACAGAUACAAGUGCUUCCAGUGCCCCUUCACCUGCCUGGAGAAGUCACACCUGUACAACCACAUGAAGUACAGUCUCUGCAAAGACUCCCUCUCCCUGCUGCUGCACUCCCCGGAAUGGACCUGCCGCCGCACCUCCGCCACCCCCGCCCGCGCCCCUACUCCAAGCCCCCCAGAGCCCCCCUCCACACCCGAUCUGCGUGUGGGGGCCCCCAAGUUGGGGGCUGUGAGGUCCCCAGGGACAUUGCCCCCUAGGGCUAGGGAAGCCCACAAGGGCCCAGGCCUUGGGGGGCUUCUGGCUGAGUCUUGGAAGCAGAGGCUGGGUGGGGCCCCUGAGAGCAUGGCCAUGGGAGCAACAGGACCUGAAGGUGGGGUCCCCUGCUACCCUCCACCGGCCCCUGCUGAGCUCCCUGAGGCCCAAAGCCUCCACCUGUCCCUGCUGGGUGUCAACUACCCCCUGAGCCCUGGGCUGUUCUCCUACUUGGGGCCCUCCCUGGCCGCCGCACACAUGCCUUUCCUGGCCUCCACCAGCCCCCUGCUGCCCUCGGCCACCUGCCCUGGCCCGCCGACCCCUGAGUGCCCAACCCUGCUCCCCCGCCUAUACUACCCUCUGCUUCUGGAACAGGCCCUGGGGCUGCCAGUUGGCAGGGCUCUGCCCACCAGGCCCCCUGCCUUCCCCAAGGAGCCUCCGGGUAAUGUGGUCCCAGGGCUGCUAAAGGUGCCAGGCACUGGGCAGGGCGGGCAGUGGCCUGGAGGUACCCCCAGGGACUCUGGGCAGGAGGAGCUGGAGGCAGCCACACAGUGUGGCCCCAGGAAGAAGCCAUCCCCCAAAGCUCCCAAGACCGAGAGGCUCAGCUCUCAGAGCAGACUGCUGAUGGGCCCCUCUGUGAGUCUCUGGCCUGAGGACCAGGAGCCGGUCGCCCCCUCAGGUCUCCUGACACAGCAGCCUCUCAGCCUGGUGCCCGGAGUCCCUGGGCCUGUGGGUGAAGCACUGAGCCGGGCACUGGGCGAUUAUGCACGUGUGGAGCAGCGACUGGGGCAGCUGGCACCUGCGGGGAGUCUGGCACCGAGGCCUCUGCGGGAGCAGCUGGGCAAGAUCCGCCAGGAGCUGCUGACCAUCCACCAGGCACUGGAGUGGGCAGUGCGUCCGCCUGAUGCCCCCCUCGACCUCUCUGUGAAGCGGGGUCCCAAGGCACCAAUAGGAGCCUGGGAUGCCCCAGAGCCCCCCAGCACACUGGGCCCCAUGGCCGAGCCUUUCUCUGGCCACACCACCAAGUGUGAGGCCGACUCCAGUGUCCCGCCUCCCGGGCUCCCCCUCCAGGUGCCCGAGGACCCUGCAGGGGGAGGCUGGGGCACCCACGGUGGCACUGGGGGCUCCUGGACCCCCGAAGUUGUCCCACACCUGCAGAGCCCACGGGGCGCUGAGGUCUGAGCUAGGCACCCACCCUCCCUGCACGGGUUGUCCAGCAUGCGGAGGACGCCCAUGGCCCAGCUGCCCCAGGAGAUU